CUUCAUCCCAUUUUAGUUUACAAUCUGAAAGAACAUGAAGACUCUAUUGACAGUAUUAUGUAUUUUGGUUGCUGUGGCAACCGGCUGCACUGAGAACGAUCAAGAUAGAACUCAGGUGCGGCUGCACCCAACAGCUCCGGCACCUGCCUUGGCUCCACCGGCGACCGAGGACUGCAUCAGCCUGAUUUUCAACAUGGUGGAUUGCAUGACAUUUCUGGGCAAUGGCGGGAUCGAAACGAAGCCUGAGGGUUCGUGUUGUUCGGGAUUCAAGAUGGUGGUGGACAAGAAUGCCGACUGCAUAUGUAAAGCCCUAAAGAGCAGUAUCAGUUUGGGUAUUGAGGUUAACAUGAAUAAGGCCAUGAAAUUGCCUUCUGCAUGUGGUCUCUCUUCUUUUAAGCUUGCUGACUGCAAAGUUAAGAUUCCAUCAACAGCUGCUCCACCUCCGAAGUCUCCAAAUGUUCCCACCCCGACAAAGCCACCAGCAGCCCCCUCCGGCCACGCUGGAACACCGGCUCAUAGAGCUGCUGCAACAUCUCAUGCAAGCAAUGGAACUUAUACCACAUAUGCCAACUUUUCCAUUCUUUUUAGUUUGGUUGUUUCUGCCUCAUCAUUCUUUAAUGUCUUAGCUUAAGCUUAAGAGUUGAAAUCCCUCUCUUUUUCACCUUUUUUUACCAGAAAUGAAUUAUUCUUUGAUC